AUGGAGCCACAAAUACUGCUUAAGAAAACCAUCCAAAAGACGAAGAAUUUCCUCCACAAAACUCCCCAUAAUCUCAAGUCAUUUCUCUUUGGAGGUCACAAGAAGCUACCUAAAGCUGCUAGUCACUUCAAUACCUUUUUCUCAGUCAGCAAACGAUUCUCAGGCAGCAAAAGAAUCCCAAAGACUACUACUGUUAAGGAGUUGGAUGACUUGUACAAGGACUACUAUCAACAAUGGCAUCAGCCUGAUCACAAUGAGAUUCAGGAAAGAAAGAUCACUGUCAAAACUGCAAGGAAAUAUCAAGGGAUGGUUGAAGGAGAUUAUAGCGAAAGCCAGAGGAAACUUGCAGUGCGGUUUGGUAUGGAAGACAAAGAUAGAGAAAGGAGAAAGGAAGAUGAGAAGAAAGGGUGCGAGGUCUUAUCGAGAAGCACAAGUAAAGGGGGGCUCACUUUACUGCAGAAGAUGGAGGAACUGGAAAUGGUGGAAGGAGAAGAUAUAGAUCAUGUGCUAGAUAUAGAAGAAGUGCUCCAAUGCUACUCUCUGCUAAACAGCCCAGUUUAUGUUGACAUUGUUGACAGAUUUUUCAUCGACAUGUACACUGAGUUCUCAUUUCGAAAACCAUCAGGCAGUGUCAAUAGUUCAAUGCGAAAACUUGGGCCUCUCAAGCUCUAGAAACAAACAAGUACGGUUUGCAUGUGUGUGCCUCUAAGAUUGUGAGUGGUGGUGCAAUUCACCUCUUUUUUACUUCUCUUCCUGUUUGCUAAUUGUUUCACUUUAUAUCAAUUAAAAUAUCCAGAAUUGUGUGUAUUUAUUUACUAUUUUGGUUGUAUAAUACUAUGAGAUUCAGAUUAAUCUACUCAGUUGGUAUAUAUAGCGCCAACCAGGCCAACUGUUGAAAGUGCCA